CUGGCAGUUCGCGAGAUUUUCUCCGCGACAGAAAACCUUCUGCGCAUGCAUGGAGAAUACGAUAUCCAAUAGCAGACUAUUACGUUCCUCUACGCGAAGAAAAUCUCGCGAACUGCCAGUACUGGAACACACAACUGCGAGAACUGCGGGAUUAUCUUAACGAUUUUACAAGAUUGUACAAAAUAUUCCAUCACGUGAUAGUCAUUAAAACGUUUCGCGCAAAUUAAAAUGCAUUUCAUGUCCAAUGAGAAGAACGAUUCUUUAAUUACUUAAAAACAAAUUCUCCUGUUAGACGUCAGCUGCAUUCUAAAGAAUAUCGGAAAAGGUCAAAUCGUUCUGCAAACAAUUAUACCUUUUUGUAUUUCAAUUUUUAAUAAGCUUGAUCUUAGUAUUAUUGAUGUACAGAAUAAGAAUAACACUGUGAACGCGAAUAAACAGGCAAAAAAAGUAUACCAGAUUUAUCAGCAAUAUGAGCAAAAACAAGAAAAAAUCUACAAAAAAAUCUACAAAAACAUCUGCAGAAACAUCUACAAAAACAUCUACAGAAACAUCUACAGAAACAUCUGCAGGAACAUCUACAGAAACAUCUACAGAAACAUCUACAGAAACAUCUGCAGGAACAUCUACAGAAACAUCUACAGAAACAUCUACAGAAACAUCUGCAGAAACAUCUACAGAAACAUCUACAGAAACAUCUACAAAAACGACACAAGAAAACGUUUUAAUAGGCAGAAAAAUUGUUUAUGAUAAUGUUUCUAUCGAAAGAUUAAUUAUAGAUACCUUAAGCACCGAACGGAACAAAAUUAGCCUGAUAAAUCCACUAGACAAAUCUAAUAAAACAUAUGAGGAUAUACAAAAGGAAGUAACGAUAUUGGGUACUUGGAUGAUAAAACAGUGUAUUGCAUCAGACGAUGUAAUAGUAAUAUGCACGAAUAACAUAUUAAUAUCAUACUUACCCUUUAUCGUAACCAUAUUUUUUAGAGCUAUUGUGAAUGUAUGGCAUGAGAAUUCUACUCCAGGCCAAAUAAGAUACUUCCUCACGCAAGUAGUGCCGAAAAUAAUCUUUGUUAGCAACGAAACAGUUUCGAAAAUCAAAGACGAAGUGUCAACAUUGAAGCUUCCAGUAAAAAUUGUAAAUCUAGAUUCAUGUAAAAAACAGAGAUCAGGUAUUAUGUACUUUUCGUCAAUAAUCGACGAACUGAUGAAUGACGAAAGAAUUUUGAUUCAGAAUUUCUACGAUCCAAAUUUGAAAACAGCUAUGUACAGUACCGCAAUGAUAAUAUUUUCCAACAAGACCAACGUUUACUGUUCCAAAUGCUUAAAAAUUCCUUACACAAUGUAUACAUCUUUGAUAAAAGAGCAAAUACCUGUUAUGGACCCUAAAAAGAUAGGAAUGUGGUUGGAAUCUUACAAUCUGUCCUUUGAUCUGAUGUUAACUUUGCGUGCGAUAAUCUCGUGUGCGGAAAUAGUUAGAAUUCCAAAAUUCAAAAUAGAUUACAAGGAAAGAAUAUGCCGAGUAUUAGAGGAAUAUCAGGUGAACUGGUUAAUAAUUGAUAGUGAAAUGUGCGAUGAAUUUUUUAAAUCUGGGGUGCUCGCAAGAUACAACACCUCAUCCUUAGAAACGCUAAUAAUCAGCGGUGGUCCAGUCGCAAAAAAUAUUCACAAAGGCCUCAUGAGGAUGUUGCCACACGCUUCUAUUCUAUCAUUAUAUUGUUUGCUUGAAACAGGUUUAAUCACAUAUCAAAGAGUUGCCGGGAAGCUUGGUUCUUCUGGCCAGGUGGCAGAGAACGUUAGUUUAAUGAUCAUCGAUCCGAGCAACGGGAAAUCAUUAGGUCCAAAUGAAAAUGGCCAGAUCUGUUGCAAAAGUGACACCAUGUCGAUUAGCUAUUACAAAAAUGACGAAAAUAGUCAGGAAAAUGAUUACGAAAAUGAUAGGAUAAUCGAUCAAGACGGAUGGUUCCACACUGGCGAUAUGGGCUACUACGAUGACGAAGGGGAUCUAUUCAUCACCGGUCCAAUCGAUACAGUAAUCCAGUACAAAAAUUAUUAUAUUUCAGCAAUUGAACUUGAAAAUGUAAUAAAAAGUCAUCAGUCUGUACACGAAGUCGCUGUAGUGCCUAUGCCGACUCAAAUCGAUGGCAAUUAUCCAAUUGCAUUUGUUACGCGAAAGCCAGGAUCGGAGGUGACGGAAAGUGAACUGAUAAAUUUAGUGGCGCAAAAUUUAGAGGACUACAAGAAACUCCGCGCUGGUGUGACGUUCCUGUCUCAGAUGCCUUAUCUACCGUGCGGCACAAUUGAUCGAAAACGACUUUCUAAGUACACGAAGUACAAGAAUGAAUUAAGUAAUAAUCCAUACAAGGGCGACUCUUAAUAAAUACAUAUAACAAAUGUGGAUAGUACGUUGAAAGUACACGUAUUCAAAUAAACCAAUAUACGAGUAAUACACUGCACUGUUAAAAUAAUAAUUACACUGCUAACUUUAUAACGUACAGUUGUAAUAAAAGAUAAGAUUUUUUACUAAUUGUGAUCAAUGCUUUUAAUAAAUUUGUAUUCUUGA